AUGGUGCCCGUGGACGCGUCGGAGCUGGAGAAGCACGUGCUGGCGGUGGACGACAGCUCCGUGGACCGCGCCGUGAUCGCCAGGAUCCUACGCGGCUCCAGGUACAGGGUGACCGUCGUGGAGUCAGCGAAGUGCGCGCUGGAGCUGCUCGCGCUGGACCUGCUCCCCGACGUCAGCAUGAUCAUCACCAACUACUGGAUGCCCGGGAUGACCGGGUACAAGCUGCUCAAGUGCGUCAAGGAGUCAGCGGCGCUCAGGGGCAUCCUCGUCGUCAUCAUGUCGGCGGCGAUCAGGGGCAUCCCCAUUUCGUAA